UCUCUCUCAAUCUCUCUUACAUACAUUCACUUCCCAUAAAAAUCAUAAGAAAAGAAUCAGCAAACAGUAGUAGCCCAUAAUAAAAGCUUUUCUGAAAAGAAAAGAAAAACAAGAUCCACCUCGAACCCCUCUCCAACUCAACCCCCAUACCCUCCGACAACCCCAAAUUCCAUCGCUGCCGCCGCCACCACCACCACUACCUCUCUCUCUCUCCUCCUACCAAUUCUAGAGAGAGAAAGAAACAAUAUUAUCUCUCUCUUAGAUUCUCUUUUCUACGCCAAAAUAAAGGGGAAAAAAUCCCAUCUUUGUUCUUCUCUCUCUCUCUCUCUUUCUUCCAUUGCACCAAAAAUCAUCUAUUUCAUAAUUUCAUCACUACCCAAUUCACAAAUCAUUCUGUUUUCAACAAAUAUUAACCUGAACUGAGGAGAGAGAAAGGGAUACUGAAUUGGGUCAGUCCCAGAUUGCAAAAAAAAAAACAAAAACAAAAAAAAAAAACGAAAAAAACGAUGAGAGAAGACGACUCCAAUUGGUUCGCCCGAUGGGAAGAAGAGCUCCCAUCUCCAGAAGAACUCAUGCCCUUAUCCCAAACCCUAAUAACCCCUGAUCUCGCCAUGGCUUUCGACAUCAGAAACCCCAAUUCUAACUCCAACAACAACAACAAUAACACAAGCCCACCUCGAGGCCCGGCCCAGGCCCACCAGCAGCACCCUCCCCCGCCGUCGUCAAGCCCUCUGCAGCCUCCUUCCUCCGUCACGGCCCAGCCCAACUCCUCCGACUUUGGAGACUCCGCCGAUUUGGGCUCCGGCGGAGGCCCCGGGGAGGAGCCGGCCCGGACCCUCAAGCGGCCCCGCCUCGUGUGGACCCCGCAGCUCCACAAGCGGUUCGUCGAUGCCGUGGCCCACCUGGGGAUCAAGAACGCCGUUCCCAAGACCAUAAUGCAGCUUAUGAGUGUGGACGGGUUGACCCGAGAGAACGUCGCCAGCCAUUUGCAGAAGUACCGCCUGUAUCUCAAGAGAAUGCAGGGAUUAUCCGGCGGAGGCGGUGGCGGGGGAGCGGGAGGAGCCGGGGCCGCUGGAUUGGGCGGCGGAGCGGAUCCCGCCACCGAUCAUUUGUUCGCUAGCUCCCCCGUGCCGGCACAUUUUCUCCACCCUGCUGCAGCUGCGGCGGGAAGGCCGAAUUCGGAACAUUUCCUGCCUUACGUGCCCGUGGCGGCGCUGCAGCACCACCACCACCACCAGCAGCAUAUGGCAGCUGCGGUUGCAGCCGCGGGGGGCCACCCGCAGAUUCAGGGCCAGUACCAUCAUAGGCAAGUGGCGCAUUUUGGGUCACCUCCGGCGGCGGUGGCUGCAGCGAACGGGCAAUUCGAGCACCCGUUUCUUGGAAGACAGGGGCAAGCGGUUCACCGGAUGGGCGCGCCGGUGCAUAACGGAUAUGUGGAGGACUUGGAGUCGGGUAAUGGCGCCGCGGGGGGCGGGAGGAAGGUUCUUACUUUAUUUCCAACUGGGGAGGAUUGAAUUAUCCGGGUAAUGGUUAAUUGUGCCUGCUUCAUCUUAGAGUUGUUCUUUUCUUGCUCUUUUGUUCAAUUCGGUUCUAGGGGUCAUUGUGGAAUUGGUGUUAGUUGUCAUUGUUAUUUUAGUUGGUCUUAGUAGUAAUCUUGGUGGUAGAAAUCAGAUCUGAGUUUCAAUUUCCGGAUCCAAUAAUUUCGGGUAUUACACUUGAACAUUAUCCUGCCAGUUGGGUAUGUUUAAGAGUGAUUAGGAUUGAUAUUGGUGGUUUAGUUUUUCCAUUGUGGUAAAAUCUUUUUUCUGUGUUUAUGGACUUCUACUAUGUGUAAUUAAAUUGUUGGUAGCAGUCUAUAUGAGUGAGUCCCUUGUCUGCUUCGGUGUGGCUGAAAUUUGAACAUGAUGUCACUCGAGCGGCAAUGAUGUUUCUGAACUCGUCUACGGCGGCUAUAGUGAUAGAGAGUCAUGAUAAUUGGUCAAUUUGGGUUCAUUGGAGAUUGGAUUAUCACGUUGUUAUGUUGGGAAUUGGAUGGUUCUUCUUUCAUUUCGGAGUCUACUUCUUGCUUGGGAAGGUCUUUCAAUUGGGGGAUUAAUGAUAGGGAGUGGCUGAAGCAAACACAUUGACUAAUUUUGAGCUUGCAGAAGAGGAUAAAUAAAGCUGGCAAAUCUUUUUUUAUUUUCUCUCAAAAUCUAGACAUGGGGUUAAUAACCCUUUACGGCACUUUCGAUACUUAGUUUAUUCUGGUUAUCCGAGAGUAUCUUCUGUCGAUGAGUAGUGCCUCGUGUUUCUUAGUUUAGCAUUAUGUAGAGGUGAGUUGUACUUGUUGUACAUUGUAACUCUUUUCAAAAGACUUAAAAUCCCUCAUUAUGAGUGGAUUUGUUAAGAUAA